GCACUCACGGCAAGCACUCAAUGACGGUGUGUGCAUUUUUCAUUUUCAACAACGGCGCGAUUUUUUCGGGUCGUUCGCUUCAAUUGGUAACAAUCGAUUUACCAUAGUAAAAGUGCUGUUUUGUCUCCAUUUAAAUGCUUUUGUUGUCAAUUUAAAAACAUUUUCAUUUUUUUUUUCUUUUUCGUUCAUUUUUCUUAUUCUUCUUCGUCUUCUUCAUAUGUUCUUUGCAUUGAUUUGUUUUGCAAAUAAUUUGCCCAAAUCAACGCAAUGUAUUCACAUUGUGUGCUAAUAUUAAAUCAAUUACAAAAAACAAAUAAGUGUUGGAUAGAGUGUUGGUUAUAUCGAAAACCGCGUAAGGUGUGCAUUAAACAAGUAGAUGCAGUCAAAUCAAACCUUUGAUAUUUACUUUUGUAAACAAUAAUCUUGGAAAAAGCUCACAACGUUGGAAUGGCGCAGUAUGAGUGUUUAAUAAGUUUUGAAAGUCAUUUGAGUUAAAAAAAAAAAACAGGGAAUAAAAAAAAAUGCCAACCGCUAGAAAAAUGUUUUCAGUUUUAUAUGCUGGAGAAAAAUUGUUGAAAAUAAAUCACAUUUUAUAUGAAAAUUAAAAUCCGCGUAAUUUCCCUCGAACAUUGAACAGAGAUACUGUAUUGGCUGUUUAAAUAUAAUCUGACAGUGAUCUGCGCGUGCUGUAAAACUUUGAUAAAUAUUUGGUGAACAUAAAUUAAACAUGAUAAUGAAUGGUCAAGUAUAUUAUGACUGUGCAAAAUGAUAAAAUAUCAAAGGUGAAUGUUCCCAAAGUGAGUGUAUGCGUUGUAAAAUUAGCCAUUCGCAUAGCACUGUUUCCAAGUAAAGGGAUUACUACUGCUUUACAUUUUAUAUUUUAUUUGUAGUUUUUAUAUUUAAAUUCCCAAAAACGUGAACCAAAGUGUUCAUCAAAUUUAAAAUGUCUAAAUAAAAAAAAGUUAUCCAGAAAAAAAGAAAUGAAAUUUCAAUUAGCAUAUCAUAGCUAGAUAAAAAGAAAACUAAAAGAUUUUGCUGCAGAAAAUACAAAGUAUACCAUUAUUAGCCAAAGUGAACGGGACUAGGAAAAUGUGUCGAAAACCAUACGUAAAUGUUUAUUUGUUGUGAGUAAGAGAGUGCUUAACGAGCAAAAGCCAAACACUUGAAUGACCUUACAGUUGAAACCAUUUGAGGAAGAAUAAACAGUAUAAUGAUCCAACAAUAGAAUGGAAAUAUCAAAAUAAAACGAUAAGAAAGGACACUCACACAAAAUAUUUUUGAACAAAAUGCCAUUCGGUCGUCGUUCACCUUUGGAGGCAUUUAAUGCAUUGGCGCUACCGGGUAGCGUAUUAGCCUAUAAAUAUAAUCAAUUCCGGCAGCGUCGUCGAGAAGCCCAAAGUCGUCGUGUCACUGAACGUGAACUAUCAGCAUUGCAUCAUAAAAUCGAUAAACUAUUGAAUAAAUUAGAAGAGAGUGAACCGGAGCCACCCACAUCAUCUGAGGAUGAAUGUGUCAUCUGUAUUAAUGCACGUGCAACAAUGCAAACAUCUCCAUGUGGACAUCGAGUCGUUUGUCGUCGUUGCUUUGUAAAAACAAUACAAAGCGCUGUUGCACAGCGUCUAUUACCAUUAAGAUGUGUCAUUUGUCGUGCACGAAUAAAUCGUCUCAUAUCCGGUUCGGGGACGUGGCGCUUACAGGAAUCAGCCAGCAAUUACUCGGUUGGAACUUCAAAAAGUUGGGCUGCGCCAUGUACCAGUAAAAAUGCUGGAGUUCGAGUAGCACAAUCGGCCAGUCUUUAUUCAAUGAGCUCAGGGUCAUCUAAUGUAUCUGGAAUUUCAUACGCAUCAAAUCGAUCAAGUAGCUCGGAGGCGUCAUGUUCAACAAACAAUUCCGGCACAUCUGGAACGUCUUCCUUAUCAUUAUCAUGUAAAAGUCGACAGGAUAUUCAUAAACAUGAGAAUUGUGGCGUUAAUUGUCUCGGUGCAAUACCACGCAAUUCUCAAUACAGUCAAUUUCAAAAAAUCCAACCGAAACCACAGCCGAUCCAACAUGAACAGCCAUCUCAUCAUGCAUCCAGUCCACAAAUUAAAAAACAACCUCUGUACAUUAACAAACGCAAUGCAAAUUAUACGCCAAAGAGCGCUUCAUAUAGUGUAUUUUCUAAUGAUAUGCAAAAUAGGCUGCCACCCAUCAAGGAAUUCCGAAGUCCGACUAAAGCGUCCAUCUCAUCACCAGCACGCGUUGCUUCUGCUCCACGACUGAGGUUUGCAUCGUAUACAUCACAAAAAUCAAAAUCUGUAUCAUCAUCGUCAUCACUCGAUACCGUUCCUCUAUUGGGUGCUACAUCGUCCACAAGCUCUCAAUCGACCGUUUCAAAAUUGGGCAUGACAGCAAAAGUGGCACCAAUCAAACCAAAGCCAACAAGUACACGAACAUUGGCAUCGCCAACUGAACAAAAACCAAACAUAACGACACCAUCAACGUCACGCAAUCCAUUUUUUAUCAUUUCUCUGAAUAAAAACAAAAAUACGGCAAACACCGAGCAAUCGACUUCGAAAGAAUGCAACAGUAAAAUCAAUGAAAAAAUGGUUAACGAAAACAAAAGAAAUGAAUAUUCGGCAGAAAAAAGGAAAAAAGAGGAAAAACUUCGCUUGAAAGCCGAAAAAGAAGCAAGAAAAGAAGAGAAACGACAAGCAAAAGAGGAAAAAAAACGUAGCAAAAAGGAUGUCAAGUACUUUUCUCUGUUAUGUGAUAAUAAAACCGAUAGCAAGACAAAAAAGUAAUAUAAAUAAACGUAAUUUUUGUUUUUUUUUUUCUAUUUGCCUAUUAGAAUGAAAUUUUCAUAAAAUAUUUAUUAAACUUGUGAACCUAUAGACAACUGUUAUAUUGUUAAACUUAUUUAUUGGGAGAAAAAAAAUCAAUCAGUUAAGAAGUAGUUGCAUAAAAAAAAACCAGUAAAUAGUAUUUUAUCAAAUAAAAAUAAAACAUGUUGAAUAAUCGUUCAAUUAAAUUCUAUUGUUCCUUCAAUAGCUACGAAAUUUUAAUUGCAGAAGCAUUUUUAAUGUAGGAUCUUAUUUGAAAACUAUGUAUCGGUUGGCUUGAUAUAAAUUUGCAAAAUUGGUGCUUUUUACGUGCUCAAAUGCAAACAACAUAUAUUAUUGGCUAUUCAAAAAGACGUAACAUUCAAAUGCAAGCCUCAUAACAACUGACUAACAUUCCAAGAAUUUAACAUACCAAUAACAUUUUGUUCGUUUU